ACUUCGACAACUUCCGGCAGCUCGGAUAUGAUGUAGCAACUGUUGAGGCGUAACUGAAGUUACAACCGUUCAGCACAGCGUCAAUCAGACUUUACAGAUAUUAAACUUGUAACAGUUUGACUUGCUUGAUAAAAUGGCGUAUCCAGGAUACGGCGGGCCUCAGUAUGGGGGUCCUAUGCCAGGAAUGCCAGGUCAGGGGAUGCCGCCCAUGGGAGGCCCAAUGGGAGGCCCGAUGGGAGGCCCGAUGGGAGGCCCGAUGGGAGGCCCGAUGGGAGGUCCAAUGCCUGGGCAAAUGGGUGGGCCGAUGGGAGGCGCACCACCCCAGGGAGGAUAUGCCCCCUAUGGAGGAGGCUAUCCAGGCACAUUCGGCGCUGCACCCCCAGCUGCCAAUGAUCCAAUGUGGGGUUACUUCACAGCCAUUGCAGGCCAGGACGGUGAGGUCGAUGCGGAGGAGCUUCAGAGGUGUCUGACCCAGUCUGGUUUCUCUGGCAGCUACACACCAUUCAGCCUGGAGACGUGCAGGGUCAUGAUUGCAAUGCUGGAUAGGGACUUUACAGGCAAGAUGGGCUUCAAUGAGUUCAAGGAGCUGUUCACAGCUCUGAAUGGCUGGAAGCAGAACUUCAUGAUGUUCGACCAGGACAGGAGUGGGACCGUCGAACCUCACGAGAUGAGUCAGGCAGUCAACUCUAUGGGCUACCGCAUCAGUCCUCAGGCUCUGACCACAAUCAUCAAGCGCUACAGCAAAGGAGGGAGAAUCUUUUUUGAUGACUACGUGGCCUGCUGUGUCAAACUGCGAGCUGUCACAGACAACUUCAGACGGAGAGAUACCAUGCAUCAGGGAUCGGUCAACUUCCAGUAUGAUGAUUUCAUCCUGUGCACAAUGGCCAUCUGAGCUCUGCUGUCUGUCCCACACCACAAGGUCAGUGCGCCUAUGGAACCAAUCAGUGGUGGAUUGUGGAUCACUGCCUCACAGGAACGCAAAGGGAGGCCAGUAUAGUAGACUGAGCGGCCGUGAGCCACAACAGGGAAGUACCCAUGGCUUUUAACGCUUGCUGUAAUGCUUUAGUCUUGUAUGUCACAAAGGGACGUGCUGAAGAUCUAUUGGUUGUACACACACACACACACACACAUAUACAUAUAUAUAUAUAUAUAUAUAUACACAUAUAUAUAUAUAUAUAUAUAUAUAUAUAUAUAUAUAUAUAUAUAUACACACAUAUAUAUAUAUAUAUAUAUAUAUAUAUAUAUAUAUAUAUAUAUAUAUAUAACAUCUCAGUGUCUUUAAAGCCCUCGUGUAGAUUUCUGACCUCCAAAAUAAAAGCUGCAGACACUGCAGCACAGUAGUGCCAGAUAACACAUCAGAAAUAUACACAUAGAGGCUUUGAAGAAUUGAAAUUACAGAGUCUCAGUGGAACAAUAUAGAAUUACUCAAUCAGAUACCUUGAGCUAGUUUGCAUAUUAUGCUUUGGCUUUCUCAUUUGGGAAUGAAAGUCCUAAAUGAGUGAACUGAUACUAUGAGGAUGUCCUGACCUGUGAGACACCUACUGUGCCAUUAUAACCUGUGAAUGUAUGGACUAAUAUAUUAAACACAUUUAUACGUAACUUAGUAACAGCAGCAUCAUGAUUAAUGAUUUAAUGUUAGCAGCAUUUACACUGAACUUAAUACAGUUAGGGUUUUUUUCUCAUUAUUUGUGGUAAUAUUUUUAUAGGUGCAUAUUAGCUUGGUGUUUGAAGGGAUAGUUCACCCCAAAAUACACAUUUUUCUUCUCGUGUGUAGUGCUGUUUAUCAGUGUAGAUUGUUUUUGUGUAAGUUGCAGAGUGUUGGAGAUAUCGGCCAUAGAGAUGUCUGCCUUCUCUUCAAUAUAAUGGAACUAGAUGGGACUCCGUUAAAUCAACGCAACUCUACUUAAAGCACCACAAGCUGUUUUCUUUCUACUGAACUAGCUAGCUUAACUUACAUCUCAGCUACGAGUAGAUGCACGCUCCUCUCUGUAUGGUGAUAGAGUUGGUGGGUUUAGUUCAGUACAAAGAAAAUAGCUCCUACAUGAAACUGCUCACAAGGUCUGUGGAUUAUCUUGAGUAACCAGGUCAUGAAUUCUGUAAAGAGACAUUAGUGAUGAGUUUUUCAAAGCACCACAAGUGGAGUGUCAUCCAUUAUAUUGGAGAGAAGGCAGACAUGUGUACAGCUGAUAUCUCCAACACUCUGCAACUCUCACUAAAACAAUCUAGAGUGUUAAACAGCACUACAGGUAAGAGGAGAAAUAUCUAUUGAGGGGUGAACUGUUCCUUUAGCUUGAUAACAAGCCAGAGUGACUGUGAGCUGAUAUAAAUCCACACUGAUGCCUGUUAUUAAUGAUAGUGAGAUAUAAAAAUAUUGUCCUAUAGCUACAGUAUGUUCAUAUGCCUGAAGUUUUGCAGCUGUAAACUUGUUUGUUUUGGAUGUUUUUGUACAAACACAGCCAUGUUUUGUCAACAAUGCAGUGAAAUCAACCUCAGCACACACCCACUGUUGUAGUAAAGACCACAUUUUGUUACUCACAUUAAACACUUUCUGAUCAUUAUG